AUUAAUGUAAUCCAAUCAGCAAGCGAGAGGCGGGCUCGUAUAUAUAUUAGUGAACUCGGCGUAUGAUGAACCCUGAGAAAUGAGUUUUCAUUACGGACAGAGCUAUUCGGGUGGCGGACCCCAGCACCACCCUCCGCCCGGAGCGCCCAGGUGGGGCAGUCCCACCCCAGGGGGUCCUGCUGGGCAGUACGGGGGAGCAACCGCCCCGCCAGCUGGGAACUACGGCAGAGGGGCAGCCCCGGGAUCACCCUACGGGUCCUACGGAGCUCAAGGAGGGGGAGCGGGACAGUAUGGCCAAGGAGGUGGAGGAGCGCAGUAUGGAGGUGGACAGGCCCCGGGAGCUCCAUACGGGGGAUACGGACAGCCUCAAAGGGCCGCCUACGGACAGCAGGCCCCAGCAGGUAACCUACCCCCAGGGGUGCACCCAGAGGCACAACAGUGGUUCAACACGGUGGACACGGACCGCAGCGGCUACAUCAACCAGAAGGAACUCAAGCAGGCCCUCCUCAACUCCAACAGCACACCCUUCAAUGAUGAGACCUGCCAAAUGAUGUUCAACAUGUUUGACACGAGCCGGUCGGGGAGGAUGGACCAGUUUGGCUUCUCGGCGCUGUGGAUGUACCUGCAGCAGUGGAAGGGCCUCUUCCAGCAGUUCGACCGCGACCGCUCCGGCAGCAUCAGCGGGACCGAGAUGCACCAGGCCUUAUCUCAGAUGGGCUACAACCUGAGCCCCCAGUUCAUCCAGAAGCUGGUGGGCCGCUUUUCCCCGCACAACCAGCAGGGGGCGGUGUACCUGGACCGCUUCAUCCAGGUGUGCUCCCAGCUGCAGACCAUGACCCACGCCUUCCGUGAGAGGGACACCGGCAUGACCGGCAACGUGCGCAUGAACUACGAGGACUUCCUGGCCGGCGCCAUCGGACGCCUCAUGUGAUCCCAAUCCACAAGAUGGCCGCCAAUAGCAGCAGCAGCAGCAGCAGCAGCAGCAGCAGCAGUCAAUAGACCCGAUAGUAAGUGGCUCUACAGCGGCCCCCAAGCAGGCUCGCCUCCGGGCCUGACUGGGGCUGGAUCUGAGUCAGCUGCUAGCAUUGGACUGAUCCAGAACCAGCUCGCUGUCGGGUCAUGCCGACAACUCUGAACCAGUUUUAGGACAAAAAAUGUCUACGAUUAGGCCAAAGUAAUUUACCUUCAUUUUCUAUCAUUCCAAACCCCAGCUCUAGGACUCAGGGCCAACGCUCCAGAAUAGGUACACAGCUUUAUAUUCCCUUGUAUUCUCUUUAUAUAUUCUCUUAUUACCACUACGCUCCAUGGGGUAUGCAGCCAUUUCAGCCAGGUGAGGUUAAUAAUGCAGACUAACAUUUUUUUUUAGUUCCUGGCAGCCUUGCACUACCCUUCCAGAUGGAACUGGACUAGUUUGUAGUGUGUGCCAUUUCGUUAAAGAAAGCUAAAUCACAGGGCGCAAAAUGAACUCAGCCAUACGUUUGAACUGUUGAAGAUGAAUCAUUGUUUACAUUUUUCCUUUCGUGCUUCACCAUUUAUCACAUGAGUCUCUUCACAGCGCGUCGGUGCCGAGCAAUUAUCAUGUCCGAUAACAUCUUCACUGAAGAUCUGCGCCAACAUGUCUCACUCCUCUCUCUCUUCCCUGUGGUUCAUAUUAUUACUUUGUAGUGAUUAUUUUACUCAGCCAAUUAUAUUCAGCCUUAAGUACUAAUGUUUGCGAAUGCAAUUGUAACCCAUAUUUUAUGAAAAGAAAGACCUCUGCGAAAGCGGGGUAAAACUUGAAGAUGCUCUUAGAAGUGCCAUUUCUCCUGACUUUUUCCUCCUGUGCCUCACCAUCAAGCUGUUCACACAGAAUGCUUUAUGGCGUAUAAGCCAGAACAUAUUAUUUUUGUACUCUGAAGAUGAUCUACUUCAGUUCAGUUUUUUCUGAUGGGUGCAGAAAGCCACUUUCUGCUCUUUGGCAUUUUUUUUAAAUGUAGGCUACAUCUUUUGUUUUUUUUUUCUUUCAGUUAUAUGUUCUUAUAGUUUUAUGAAUUAGGAAGCAUCUCCAGUGUGGAUUGACAAUAUUUACACAUGAUAUAAAAUAUCACAAUAUUGACACGGCUAACCAUACGUAUGGGAGAAGGUAUGGGGGUGUUUCUUUACUCAUAGAAUGUAAAGGCGACUGUUCAAGUCAAUGGAUAGUUGGCCUCUGAAUUCUUGAUGUUGUUAAAUCUGGGGCCAAAUAAUCUAGUAAAACUUUUAAAUCAGGUGUACUUAUUAUGUGACAAUGUAUACCCUGAACUGGUUUUGUGUAUAAACCAUGGAUUUGUGUGCCAUAUAAAGUUGAAAAAUAAACGAUGGCUUAAUUUCACAUCACGUUUUC